UCCGAUGAUUGGCUAACUAUGAGAGGGGGCGGGACCCCAAAGUGAUGAUGAGUUCUUUUUGCCGCCGGACGCGAUAGAGACCAUGCAGGACUAUCGCAAUUUGCCAAUUGACAUACAGACUAGCAAGCUACUUGACUGGCUGGUAGACAGGCGACACUGCAGUCUGAAAUGGCAGGGCCAAGUCCGCACCGUCCGAGAGAAGAUUGCCGUGGCCAUCCAAGACAUGCCAGAGAAUGAGGAGAUCAAAAGACUUCUUGCUGGUUCCUAUAUUCACUAUUUUCACUGCCUGAGGAUUGUGGAGCUCCUUAAAGGGACUGAGGCCUCCACGAAAAACAUAUUUGGACGUUACUCUUCUCAGCGGAUGAAGGACUGGCAAGAAGUUGUGUUGCUUUAUGAAAAAGAGAACACUUACUUGGCGGAACUGGCCAGCCUUCUGGUGCGGAAUGUCAGCUACGAGAUCCCCUCCCUCAAAAAGCAGAUCAGCAAGUGCCAGCAGCUGCAACAGGAAUACAGCCGCAAGGAGGAGGAGUACCAGUUAGCAGCUGCUGAGAUGAGGGAGCGUUUCUACAGUUCUUGCAAGCAAUAUGGCAUCACGGGCGAUGACGUGCGACGGGAGCUUCUGGCUUUGGUAAAAGACCUGCCGUCGCAACUGGACAAGAUCGGGGCUGGCGCCAAGGAGCUUUCAGAAGCCAUCGAUCUCUACCAAGCCUGUGUGCAGUUUGUAUGUGAGAGUUCCACAGAACAAGUAGUCCCAUUACUGAGGCACAUGCAGGCUCGGGGCAACACCACCAUCUAUGAGUGGAGGCGGGGGGUCAAGCCAACCUUGGUGGAACGGCCUGAGAUGGAGGAAACAAAGGAGCCGAUAGACCAGGAGGCUAUCGACUGGGGCGACUUUGGAACAGAGUCAGGGUCCGUUCCUGAGAUGGUUGAUUACAGCAUCUCCGUUGAAGAAGCCAGUGAAGAGAUAGAUUGGGGGAUUUCUCUGGAGUCGAAUGCACAGGAGAACGGUACCAGCAGCCUAGACGAGGGAGACAGGAGUGUAGCAGACGCAGCGCAGAUUGUGGUGCUGGAUGGUGGCAGCGAGGCCCCAGAAGGAAUUGCUCGAGGACCUGAUGCUCUCAGCCUGCUGGAGACCCUGGACACUCGUAACCAGUUCGUUGAUGAAUUGAUGGAGCUAGAGAUCUUCCUGACCCAGCGCAUUGUCGAGACAAGCGAAGAGGCAGACAUUUUGUCCGUCAGCCAGUUCCAGCUAGCCCCGCCCAUCCUGCAGGACCAGACCAAAGAGAAAUUAGAAGCCAGGGUCGCAGCCCUCCAAGACCUGAUCGGCCGGAUGACUAGCUUGAGAAUGCAGCAUCUUUUCAUGAUCCUAGCCUCCCCAAGGUACGUGGACCGUGUGACGGAACUCCUCCGCCAAAAGCUAAAGCAGGCAGAUUUGCUGCUCCUAAAGAAAGACCUGAUGAUCCAGAAACGGCAGGAAGCCCUGGAAGAGCAGGCUGCCCUGGAGCCGAAACUCGACCUUCUUGUGCAGAAAACGAAGGAGCUGCAGAAACUGAUUGAAGCCGACAUUUCUAAAAGAUACAGUGGCCGACCAGUGAACCUGAUGGGUACCUCCCUCUGAGCCCCUCUCCUCCCCACGCCGACACCCCUUCUGGGAUUGAAGCAGCACAGCAUGAAUCCCAUCCUCAACCAAGGCUAAGGGGGAAGAACCAAGGACUGUAAGAGCUGAGGAGAACGGACCUGCCAAACCCGGGAGUGGGAAGCAGCUAGCGCAAAGGAUUCCACCACCUCCUUUCCACAUAGAGCCAGAAGCGUGUUAGCAAAUCCCCGAGGGCUGAAUAAAUCUGCCUCGUCCACCAUGA